GCUGGUGUUUGCUGCAGCAGCACAUUGACUAUAAUAUUGCUACAAUUUUGUAUCCAUGAUGCGCUUCUACUUGCUCCAGCUCUGUACCAUUUUUGGCUUCCUUAUUUUCCAAUGUCAGGCUUACCAGCAGCACCAUCAGCAGAAAUUCAGUCUCAGGAGAGAAUUCGCCAGGUGUGGUUCGUCUAAUUAUCCGUAUCCCGGACCAGUUGCCCAACUGAUUGACAUCAGAAACGACCCGGAAACCCGCAAGAGAGGAGAGGCCUUGAUCUCAACUUUUCAAAGGACUUAUUUUUCCCAAGACGAGAAGACUUAUGGUGAGACAGGUAUCCCCAUUGUCUCGGAUGUGUACAACAACAAGAUUGUCCUGCAACAAAUAUUUAAACAGCGCGGGAAAUUCUGGGUCAAGUUGGAAUUGAUUCUUCCCAUCUUCUACAUUGUGCCGGGCCCGACCUCCAUUUCUACUGUGAUUCUGGAAGCCAACACGGAGUUCCCCAUCAAUCUUAUACGCCGCGCUUUUCUCAUCAGCAUGAAAGAAUGUCUCUACGUUAGGCUCAGUCAAAACUAUUAAGCAUUUUCCAUAAAUCAACCAGUUAAUUCAUUCUAACAUAUUAUAACUGUUUUUAAUUAUUAGCUUGUACCACGUCGUUUGCUUUUUAUAGGCCCUAUUGUAUUACUAUACUGGCAGUAAAUUCUAAUUGGAUUAGACUAAACACGAUAAAUAAAAAUUUAAUGUUUCCCA